CCUGGGUGAUUUCAGCCCCGCCCGGCCACACGGCUCGGAUCUCCUCCUGCGGUCCCCCGGUGCCACGAUGAUGGCCGAAGAGCACACAGACCUAGAGGCCCAGAUCGUCAAGGAUAUUCACUGCAAGGAGAUCGACCUGGUGAACCGAGACCCCAAGAACAUCAACGAGGACAUAGUCAAGGUGGAUUUCGAAGAUGUGAUUGCAGAGCCCGUAGGCACCUACAGCUUCGACGGCGUGUGGAAGGUGAGCUACACCACCUUCACGGUCUCCAAGUACUGGUGCUACCGCCUGCUGUCCACGCUGCUGGGCGUCCCGCUGGCCCUGCUCUGGGGUUUCCUGUUCGCCUGCAUCUCCUUCUGCCACAUCUGGGCGGUGGUGCCGUGCAUCAAGAGCUACCUGAUCGAGAUCCAGUGCAUCAGCCACAUCUACUCACUCUGCAUCCGCACCUUCUGCAACCCGCUCUUCGCGGCCCUGGGCCAGAUCUGCAGCAACAUCAAGGUGGUGCUGCGGAAGGAAAUCUAAAGCCAGGUGUGGUGGUGGGGCCGGGGG